UCACUCGCACUGCACACACUCACGUCCAUAGGAAGUGAUCGGGCGGAAUCAAAACUAUUUUUUUUCUUUUAAUGUGUAAGGAACUUUAUCAACGAGCACGUCGUGGUUGGACUUAGCAAAGAAAAGAGGUCGUUGUUCCUGAAGGGGAGGUGGGAAAAAAAAGCUCAUUAGGGAGAACAAACUAACAGCCUCGUCCAAAGAUGGGCUUCUUCCAGCAGGUCAAGCUUCUUCUUUGGAAAAAUGGGCUAAAUAUUGUCAGAAAUCCAGUUUGGUCGCUGACUCUGAUCAUUUGGCCUCUGAUCAUCUUUAUCAUUGUUGCUGUGACCCGUGACCAUUACCCACCUGUGCUUCGUGACGCAUGCUAUGUGGCACCCCGAAACCUGCCCAGCACCGGCUUCUUCCCUUUCUUGCAGACCCUCAUGUGCAACGCAGACAGCAAAUGUUACAACAUUUCACGCCUGGGGAACCCAUCAAAGUUUACAAAAAGAUCCACCGAUGAUGCGAGGUCAACCCCCUCGUCGAAGGGCUCUCUCUUAGCAAAGCUGAUUGAAGGCGAUGACUUUUACAGUUACACAUUUCUGAAUGACUCCAGUCACGACCUUCCCUUGACCUUGGAAAAAAUAUGGAAGGCAGUUCAUCAAGAAAACCACAGGAAUUCCUCUGUCAGCCAUAGAAAGAACACAACUCUUCUUAGAGAUCAGGAGGCCUUGUACAAAAUGAUGGAGGCAAUGAACCUGAUGAAGAGGUCCAUCUGUUCCAUAACUCUGACCGCGAUCAACACAACCUCACCCAGCACCAUCAGCAAUGCAGUGGUCACCUUUUGCAUCUCCAAUAAUACUGUCCUCGGGGUCUCUCUCCUGACACUCAACCAGAUCCUGAAAGAUGAAAUCCUAACAGAACCCGACGAGCUGGCAAAGGUCAUUGGGGCCGUGAUACUGGUGUUUCAAGAGAUGCAGAAUCAGGGCCCAUUGUGGGAAAGCCUUCUAGCAAUCCCCCAGCUCUUCUCUGCAGGAUCACGUGACCAAAUGUUGGACACUGCAGCAACCCUUCUCACUAACAUACAGGGCAUCAUGCAUGUCAUUCAGAGCAAUUUCUCCGAGACUGCUGAGUCAAUCUCUGCUGUGCAUCCACUAAUUGCUGGAGGCAUCAACAUUAUUCACUAUAUUCAAAAGUGGCCUGGCAACGAUGUGUCCAUCUCCCUUGGAGACAUUGUGAUGUUGAACAAUAACUCAUUCAGUGAAAUAGGUGAACUGGUUUUACAAAAUGUCCGGAUACCACUUGUCCAGGCAAUGUUUUUGACGUUAGACAGAGACAUUCUGCAUUCCUACAUUUGUGACAACAGCAGUAACCCAUUCUGGCUCACAACCAUGUGCAUCACUGGUACAUUGGACACGAUUCUAGGGAGGGUCCGUCCCGACAAGGUGGUCCAGCAGGUUUUGCUGGCUUGGAGUAAACAUGUUGCUCCCCAUGAUGUUUCAUUUGUCAAAGGACUGUUGCACAGUCUCUUGGGAGAAGGAUUCCCAGGGGGAAUGGGAGGCUCCAACAUCUCGAGGCCCUGGCAUAAUGUAGAUACACCAACACAAAACAUUGAGGAGGAACUAUUUUUGACAGUCGGUCAAGUGGUGCUGAAAUUGAGUGAAAUUCAUCCUGACGUGGACAUGAUUGUUCAGCGCAUCCUCAGCGUUGGUUUUCAGUCUAUGGAAAUGGCAACUCUCUCCAUUGAGGCUGUUGAAGAAAUGAUGGACAAUAUCUUGAAAGAUUCUGGUCGACUCCAAAAGUUUUAUCUAACCUUGCUUACAAACCAAACUCAGGCAAGUGUUUGGAUCGACCAGUUUCUUGACAGCGCCACUGAAGUAAUAAUGAAGAGUUGGACAUCACAGUUUGUUACAUGUGAGGAUGCCCUGGGCCCCUUCCAGUGGCUGUUUUCAACUGAAACCAUUAAGUUUGAGGUGUGGAAAUCCAUUCUAUGCGAGAACUCCACGACACUAGAGAAUCUCCUGCUUGUGGACUGGAUGCCUUUGAUUGAAAAAGGAGGAGAGCUUUACAGCACCCUUAUUGAGGGAGGAGAAGAUGUCAAUGUAACUCUUCCUAUGAUUCUCACCAAGUGGCAUAAGUUGUGGAACAGCUCCAUGAAAUUCGGAGGUUUUUUGCACCGGUUGUCCUCAGAGCUGGGGGCAGAUUAUUGGAUAAACUGGGUGCCGGGAAACAGUUCGGAUGAUAUCACUGAGACUCUUCUACAAAGUGUUUUUGUUUUCAUGGUGAAUUUGGGAGAAAAAGUUGAGGGGAGUCCACUGUGGCCUGAGAUGAAAAACCAUUUCCACAUGAUUUACUGGGUUUUGAACUACAGACCUGACCCCACGACUCAGCCAGCGAACUGCUCUCUUGACAUCGACACUCUCAGCAUUGAUUGUGAUACCGGUUUGAAGUGGCAGCCAUUUGUUGAAGCUCUCAUUGAAGCUAUGGUGUCACCAAGCCAAGACGUCCUGGUGAACUCUCUCAAAGCGACUGUCAAUCUAUUGCAGCAUGUGUAUGGGGACCUCAUUGGGAAUACGACAGCUUCACAUCUAACACAAGAAAUGAAAGGUGGAGAUGCACUCACUGCAUACCUGAUUAACUUGAUGAACAAACUGGAGGACUUCGUUUGGACCGUCUCUACACUCUCAGAUCAAAACAUCUCAAACCUCGACGUCAUGGGUCCCCUCAUAAGUGAACUGUUUGAGUCCACAGGUCUGUCCCCACUGCUGCCUCUGCUCUUCAGCAACGGCUCAGUCAAUGCCUCCGACAUUCUUGAUGCUGCUGUGAAGCUCGGUCGCGGCAACCAGCAAAUUCUUACCUUCAAUGAGACAGACCCAACAAUGCCUGAAUUGGAGCAGUUGAUACUGCAGUUCCUUUCCUCGGAGGGUAACCUCACAAUGUCUAUCUCCUAUGUUAUGGGGAACACCCUGCUUAACUAUUCCAGCUACUUUGACCGACAUGAAGUGGCCCGUCUCAAAGAGGCCUUAAGGCCUUUCAUCAACCAAACCUCAACAGGCAUUGUAGAGGCCAUCCUUACAGCCAUGGAACUUCUCAAGAAAGUGGUUGAUUCACCAAAUGAUGACCCAACUAACAUAAUUAUUUCAUAUAUUCGCCAACUUCAAGAAUCUUUCGUGUCCUUGUAUAAGCUGCGACGAAUCCAACAAAUCUUGUUGCCCAACGGGGAAAUGAGCACAGCUCAAGUUAUUGAUCUCCACCAGGUUUUCACUGACUUUCUCAACCUCCUCACCCCUGAAAGCCUUGACAACCUCACUCAGAUUGGCCCUGAAGCUGCUAUGGAUCUGGUGAUACAAAAAUUUAUUGCAUUCUUACCACCAGACUUUCAAAAGAAAGCUGCUUUAUGUUACCAAGAUUUCAAAGCACUGCAGAAUCACUUGUCUUCAUGUGCGUCAGAACAGAACUGUUCUUCCGGGAUCUCAGAAUUCUUCACAUUUCUGAAUAAAAUAGCCAACUUCACACUCUCAGCCAAUGCCAAUGUCACCAUCAACAUAACCAGCAAGUUUCUGACCAGUGGAGAAUAUGAGUAUGAAGAUGUCACAUCCGCGUUCUUCUCACUCCUCUUGUCUCUGAAUGAUGCUGCCUAUGUCAGUGCAUUCAAUCAGACACUUCAUUUCAUCAGGCUGGUUAUCGCAAUGCCAAACAUUACAAUCUCUCAUAUUCAGAAUGCUCUGAGACAGUCAAACAUCACUCUUGAAGAGGUAAACUACAUCGCUCACCUUGCAGGAGCUGCCAAUGUUAGUGAACUGUUGGUCAAUAUAAUGGAUAUAGCCAAUGUUCCAAAGUGUUUUGAAUUACAGCAUAAUGCAUCAGUGAGUGCCCAAUGUGUUAUGGGAUUAAUAGACAAGGCCAGCACUUUCCUGACAAACAUACCUGCUUUACAAAAUCAUACAACCAUAAUCUCCCUUGUCCCGUUAAUUGUCUAUAAAAACACAACUGAUCUCAUCCAAGUCAAUUUUAGCGCCAACGCACAAAUGCCUGUCAUACAUGUUCUUAACAACACCCUGAACAAUAUCAAGAUGAACCUCCAGAUGAGUAAUCUGAGCACUCCAGAGGUCAUGGAAGAAAUCAGAGUCAUAGAAGGUCUGUUGAAAGUAGCCGCUAACCCUGAACCCUUAAACCACAUCCUCGAUGCCAUGUCAGUACCGUACUCCGAAGAAGUUACGAAAACAUAUUUGCAAGUCCUGCAAUGGUAUUUGCAACGGCUGGAAAAUGUGACCAGCAACAGCUUUGUGUCAGAGCUCCUCCAUCCCUUUUUCCGCCUCACACAUUUACAAGUGACACUGCAACUAGCACAGACAAAUUUGACUUUGUUUAUUAACAACCAAAUUGGCCAAUUCCAGCACCCAACGAAUGGUGAAGGCGUGAGUAAAAUUGGCCAAGCAAAUAUUGAAAUUCUGCAGGAAAUACUGAAAUAUAUAAUGGUCAACAUUGAAGUUCAGGAUGAGACUGCUCAAACCUUAGGUUCUAUGCCACUCUUCAACACAACAAUGGUACAGGAAAUUGAGGAAGAAAUUCAACUCUACCUUGAUCUUAUACAUUCAUGGAUGAAACAACCCAAUGUCACAGCUGUGUUCACCAGUAUGCUCCACUGGGGAAACUCCUACAUAAAUGUUUCCACGCCUGUAAAAGAUCUUCACCUCCUUUUGCAGACGAUGGUUCACUAUCUCAGUGAUGAACAACUGGAUUACCUCUCCAUCAUCAACAAUAUCACCCAGUCACUGAGCAAAGCCAUUAUGGUGUUAGAGCAACAAGGAGACCCACAGUUUGACCACCUAUAUGUCGCCAUAAUGGAGGCAGUCCAAAGUUUUAUGCAAAUUCUCACCCAAGACACAGCCCCACUGCCACAGUCUGCGCAGCAAAACAUCGAGGAAAUUGUUAACAAAUCACUGGUCCUCUUUGUGGAACCAAACUUGAGUUUUUCCACAUCACUCAACCUCACCCUCGACAUUCUCAGUAGAACCCAAAGUGUUGUUCAGCAGCUGGUGCCAGAGGAGUUUGCCGUCUAUCUGCUCUCUGGCCUCAAAGUAGCCACCAAUUACUUUGAGACGAUCGCCACCGCCAGUGGACCAGACAACUGGAAUCUUAUCAUUUUGAACCAAAUGAAGACCAUUCAAAGCCUCCUGCCACCAAACAGCAAAGCUCAGUACUAUGUUUCGGUUGUCAUCAACAUCACUCAUGUCAUCUUGGACUUCAACCAAGGCAACGCAAGCCUAGAAAAUGAAACAACAGAAAUUCUGACAGGGAUUUUUAGCCAGAUUUGGCAGAUUUUUAUGGAUGGUCCAGGCUUCGGUACUAUGACUUCAUCUAUGGAGGCAUUAUCUCAUCUCGGUCAAGUACUUGAACAGAUUUUGACGGGGCAGGCUGACCAAAAGACCUGGCAUAAGCUUGAAAAAAUGUUGGAGGCUGUACUGUCAACAUUAAAUGACACACAGCCAUGGGACAAUGUUACAUAUGUUCUCCCCUAUUUUGAAAAAAUCAUAGCAUGUAUGGUCUACGACAAGCAAGCAGAGAACAUGAUGAUACUAAACCUUGCGAAGCCUGUGAUGAUGCUAAUGAGAGAAAUUGCACAGUCUGUGAGCACCAGUCAUUUUAACUUAUCGGAGAUCUCGGAAAGAAUCCAGCCUGCCAUAGAACAUACAAUCCUGGCUGCUGAGCAGGCAAAUGGAACAUUAGAGUGCAGUGAAGCCGUGAACGCAUGGGAGCCAAUCAGGGUUGCAUCCGGUUUAAGCCAUGGCGUCAUUGAAAUGUGGUGCAACAUCAGUCUGCUGCCUGUUCUGGAGCCCUAUGCUGCUACCCAGUAUAUGUGCCCCCACCACAACAUGAGUCACACAGAUUUGGAACCAAUCACUGCUGGUGACGCCGCUGCCCGGAUUGUCAAUGCAACCAAAUCUCUCUAUCAAGCCAACAGAAACCAAUCGCAUGUGAUGGAGCAGGUCAUCAGAAAUGUCUCCAGCCAGUUCUUUGAGUUGCUUGGCCAGCCUAGUGCUCAGCAACACUGGUACAAGCAGCUCCAAGACAUGCAGUUGCAAAACAGUUUGUCCUCAAUUAAAAUGCUGUUGGAUGAGUUGAUUAAAGUGGCACCCAUGCUCAAGCCAUGCAUAGAUGCUAUGGAGGGAGCACUGAGCCACAUUCUGAACAACUACCACCACAUUCAAGACACCAACUCAUCUGAGGUUGUAUUCAAUGAGGGAGCGACGAUCCUCCUCUCUUGUUUAAACAUUACCUUAGAUGAUAUCUUCUUAAUGGUGGGGGGCGACUUAUCUGGGAUGACUCAAGGAUCUUUCCUUGACAUGAUAAGGGAUGCUGUUAAAGCCAUGCUCCACAUGAAGGUAUUCAGGGAUGAGCCAAUGAUUUAUGAAGCCCUGGAACGAUUUCUGGCUUCCAAUGCCAGAAAGGUACUAAUGCAGAAGCUGGCUGAGAUGUCUGCAUGGUUGGCGUCUACAAAUGAAUCUGGACUAGAACUUCUGACUCAAGCUCUGCCCAAGAUAUCUGAACUCCUCCGGCCUUUAUUGUCCACCCUGACUCAGAUGGGUGUGGAGAUGCCGGAGAUCACGGAAAUUGUUGAAGAGCUGGCUGAAAACAUCAUUACUAUGCUGAGGCAGUUGUUAAGCAUUGGCUUUUUUACCUCCAUGGACCACCAUCCGAGUGUAUCCCAGAAUGAACUGAUUGGUGGUAGCCAUGUGUUGAACAACCGUCACAGACGAGAGGCCCCGCUGAUGCCCGAGAUGGACCCUGUGUAUGACUUCCUCGACUUGCUGUACAUUGACUACUCAGCAAUGUUCAGAACCAUGUCAGCCCCUUUGCCAGAGGAAAUAAUGGAGACAGCUCACAUGUUUUUUUCCAAUCCCAAUCUGCGCAUCGUAGUGACAGGAUCAACGAGGGACAUGCCAUGGGCCUUAAAUGGCUCACGGGAAGAUUUCAUUGAUGCUGCUCUUGGGAUCCUCUCUUUUGCCACCCUCCCCAGUGCCUCUGAGAGGUCAUCACUGGCUCUCUUGAGGGAUGCUGUUGAUAUGCUGCCGGAUAGCUUUCCAUUCUCUGCGGUGAUGAAAAAUUUAACCAGAGCGCUUGCCAAUGAAUCUCAAGAGAACUUGAUGCACUUGCAGCAGAUCAUCCAGACAGCUACACAGCUUCUCCAGACCAACCUCAGUGAUCCGCUUUUUACAGAACAACUUGACCAACUGAGAUCCCAGGUGUGCAUAGUGGAGGGUACUGAGUUUGCCAGUCACCUCUUGGGACCUUUCUCCAUGGAGCCUGGUCAACUGUGUAACAUUCUUCUACCAGGCCUGCAGACAUUGUUGCAGGCUGCGCAGGUCAACACCACAGAUCUGAGUGAUGCCCUCUUCCAGACAUUAGUUGGAGACCCCAGCACCUAUGGCGAUGUCACAGAUUGGUCGUCUGUGCUCAGUCAAAGUUUGGGCUUUGACACCAGCAGCCUUAGUUCUCUCAACAUCAACUUCACAUCUCAAGGGGAGGUAACGGUCAGCGAGAUGUUGCGGAACGAAAGUGCAUUUGUCCAGGAUGUUCAGAAGCACAUAGAUUUCGAUCCGGUUGCUCUCCAGAUGCUGAUGGACACAAUUAUGCCCAAGAACAAUUUACAGAUCCUUUCUUGGUUGAUGAAUCUGCGACGCUGCAAUUCCCCAGAACGUCUGAGCAUCAUAGAGCCGGAUUUCCACGUGUUCCGAACCUUCUGCUCCUUGUCCGGUCAAGAGUGGUACACCUUCUCUCUGCUCAUGAUUCGCCAUCUAAACAUGGAAAAGUUUCUCUUCAGAAUGGUGUUGUCAGAUGAAGUUCAGAGCCUACUGGGACUUAUGCUUCAGAUGGCUAGCAAGAUCGUCAACAUGAUGGAAAAUAUCCUUCCUGCCAUUGAUCAGCUGCAGAGUUACAUGAUUUCCGUCAAAGAACUCAACCUGAUGGCCGAAGAGGAGUUUAACCUAGCUUCAAGAAGCAUGAGGUCGGGCCUCUCGAGCCGAGCUACAUUUGUCACUAUGACUCGAGUAAUGUGCAGUCACGGUAUGACGCCUUUCUUUGGACUUGCCAAACUUCCCCACAAGUCAGAGUCCAAUCCAUCGUCCCUUCACAGCAGUGAGAGGGAGGAGAUGAUCGACAGGUUCAAGAUUCCACGAAAUGCCACCCCUUACUGUAUGAACAUGUACCUAGACAUGGUCAACACCACAGGGGGCGCAAUUGCGUGGGCCUUUCUCAAACCAUUGCUGAUGGGGAACAUCCUCUUCACACCUGACACACCAAUCACCAGGGCUAUUAUGGCGAAGGCCAAUAGUACCCUGCAAGAGUUCAGCAACCUAAGAAGGCACUCUGACGAAUGGCUCAAAUCCUCACACUACAUCAUGAAAUCUGCCAAAGUGCUGGGCCACACUUUGCCACUCCUUAAGAAUUCCUUGGCCAAUGGCUUUGUGAAGACUUUCAUUGAGAUGGAGACAGACAUAAAUGUUGACAAAAUGAAGGAGACACUCAACAACUUCUCAAACAUGACAUUGAUGUUGGAGAGGAACAAACACAUAAUGGAUCAGAUCACCACCUUGUCCACCCUAAUGGUCAACAUCUCGUCCUGUAUUAAAUUUGAUCGCUACCAAGGUUACAAAUCUGCUGAAGAGCUUGACGCUGAAGCUCAGGAACUCGCCAAGGACCGCAGUCUCUAUGGAAGUGUCAUUUUCAAGCUCCCCAAAGAGGAGAACUCCUCUUCCCUGCCACCGAAAGUCAGCUACACCAUCCGAAUGCAUCUGGACAACGUCAUGCGGACAGACCGUGUCCGCAGCCCAUACUUUGUGAAAGAUACCCACAUAUAUGCGCGGAGAACGAUGCGGUACAACCGGGCCUUUGUGUACCUGCAGGAGAACAUCGACCGGGCAGUCAUUGAGAUGCAAACGGGAAGAGUCACAGAGACAGCUGUGCAACUUCAGCCCUUCCCAUAUCCAUGCUAUCUUCGUGAUAGGUACAUGGAGGCCAUAACCUUGGUCUUCCCGCUCAUGCUGAUGUUAGCUUGGGUUCUCUUUGUGGCUGACUUUGUCAAGAAAUUGGUUCAUGAAAGAGAACUGGGGUUGCAUGAGUAUAUGAAGAUGAUGGGCGUGAAUCCGCUCAGCCACUUCCUCGCUUGGUUCUUGGAGUGUGCCGCUCAUCUGAUAGUGACCAUCAUCGUCCUCACGCUGAUUCUCAAGCAUGGUGGCAUCCUCUCGCAUAGCAAUGGCUUCCUCCUGUUCUUGUACCUCUGCGACUACGGUUUGAGCAUAAUGGCCUUCAGUUACCUGAUGAGCUCCUUCUUCGACAAGACCUACAUUGCUGGUCUUAGCAGCAGCCUGCUUUACAUUAUCUGCUUCUUCCCAUAUAUUGUGGUCAUGGCAGUGGAGACCAGUCUCAACUUUUUCCAGAAGAGUGCACUGAGCUUAUUUUCCCCAUGCUGUUUCAGUUACGCUACUCAGUAUAUCUCUCUCUAUGAGUCUCGAGGAGAAGGAAUUCAGUGGAGCAAUUCAUAUUCCUCACCCCGAGCUGGAGACACAUCCUCUUUCGGUUGGCUGUGCUGGAUGAUGCUCAUUGACUCACUCAUCUACUUCACUGUUGGAACGUACAUCCGCAUGGUCUUCCCUGGCAAAUAUGGCAUCCCAGCUCCGUGGUACUUCCCGUUUACAGCCUCCUUUUGGGCUGACCUUUGCUGCUGUAUAAAGUCACCGAAGGGGGGCAAAGGGCUUCUGUUCAUCAACACCAUGAAUCUAAACCUGCCUGUGUUCUCUAAUGACAAGGGGAAAGGCCAUAGCCAGCUUUUCUCUCAGACGGGCGAGGACUUCUCUCAUCUCCCAGUGGGUGUUGCCCUUCACGGUCUCACUAAGAUCUAUGGGGACCGGGUAGCCAUUCAAAACCUUAACGUUUCCUUCUACGAGGGCCAUGUCACAUCACUGCUCGGUCACAAUGGCGCUGGAAAGACUACUACCAUGUCACUCCUCACGGGUCUCUUCGCGCCGUCAUCUGGGACUGUCGAAGUGUAUGGCCGAGACAUGCAUACAAAUUUGGAUGACAUCCGCAAAGAUCUGGGUGUGUGCAUGCAAUAUGACGUUCUCUUCGACCACAUGACCACCAAGGAGCACCUCCUGCUCUAUGGCCAAAUAAAGGCCCCACACUGGUCCCAAAGGGAAUUGCAUGAGCAGGUUCGAACGAUCCUGGAGGAGACAGGCAUGUACGUUCACAGACACAAGCGGGUGGGUACGCUGUCAGGCGGUAUGAAGCGCAAGUUGUCAAUCUCUAUUGCGUUCAUUGGUGGCUCACGCUUGGUGGUGCUGGAUGAACCCACCACUGGCGUUGAUCCGUGUUCCAGGCGCAGCAUCUGGGACAUUAUUAUCCAAAAUAAAAAACGGCACACUAUCAUUAUGUCUAGCCACCACCUGGACGAGGCUGAAAUGCUGAGUGACCGCAUUGCCUUCCUGGAGCGAGGAGGGUUAAAAUGCUGUGGCUCCCCUUUCUAUCUGAAAGAAAAGCUGGGACAGGGCUACAAACUAACUCUCACUAAAAAGGUGCAUGUUCUCGAGUCUGAGCGCUUUGACGAUGCUGAAAUGAAGGCCUUUAUCCAAGCACAUGUACCGGAAGCACGGCUAAAAGAGACCCUGGGUGGCGACUUGGUCUACUCUCUGCCCCCAUUCACCUCGUCCAAUGCCUCCUCAUACAGCUCUCUUCUGACGGCGCUGGACGCCAAUCUUGAUGACCUGCAGCUGGGAGGCUACGGUAUCUCUGAUACAACCCUAGAAGAGGUGUUCCUCCAGUUGACUGAGGAAAAUAAAGAAUGUUUGCAGAAGGAGGACAGACCUUUUUCUAUCUCAGAGACGGUAUCAGAAACUGGCUCCAUUGACAAUUUCCCUGCAGAUCCAAGUGACAUUAUCCCCAGUUCUGACAAAAUUAAGCCGACUAGUUCCAACAGAGCACAAGGCAUGGCCCUUGCCUGGCAGCAAAUCAAAGCCAUUCUGAUCAAGAGGUUCCAUCACAGCUGCAGAGACUACAGGGGCCUGAUCUCCCAGUUCCUACUUCCCGUUUUGUUCGUGGCAUUCGCUAUGGGCCUGGGAUCCAUCAAGAAUAAUGUGUGGCACUAUCCUGAGCUGGAGCUUAGCCCUGCACUCUACAACAUCAGACCAAGUUACUCCUUCUUCAGUAACCACAAUGGUAGAUCCAGCCAAAUGGUGGACAUGAUGAUGUCAUUCCCAGGAAUGGAUGACAGUUGCCGUGACCAGUCCAGCGAUCCGGUUUGCACAAGUCAAACAAACAGCUGGAAUUCAGGAGGGAACACAUCCACAUCAUUUAGUGAUUGUAAAUGUACCCUUCAGGAACAGAUUUGUCAUGGGGAAAGAUUCCACCCAGCCAGUCGGCAGAUCCCGUCUUCUCAGAUCGUUUACAACCUAAGUGGAAUCAAUGUCGAGAAUUACUUAUUGACCACGGCCAAUACCUUUAUUAGAAACAGGUAUGGUGGGUUUGAAUUUGGAAUGCAGCUCCCACGUGACCUGCAAAUGGAUCUUCUACCCAAGUCUAAUAACGUCACCUUAUCUAAGGUUUGGUUCAACCCUGAGGGCUACCACACAAUGCCAGCAUAUUUAAACAGCCUCAACAAUGUCAUCCUACGCUCCAAACUUCCAGCAGAUAAGGAUCCAAAGAAAUAUGCCAUUUCAGUGUCCAGCCAUCCCUACUUUGGCCGGCCAGAUGAAGAAGACUCAAUCACUCUGGGAAUGCUCCAGAUCCUUGUGGCCAUUUGUGUGCUCACAGGCUAUUCGAUCACUACAGCCAGCUUCUCCCUCUAUGUUGUCAGCGAGUGUCACAGCGGCUCCAAGAGGCUGCAGCACAUCGCAGGCAUCAGCGAGCCCCUCUACUGGGCCAUAAACUUCCUUUAUGACAUGAUCAUCUAUCUGAUUCCUGUUAGUUUGACCAUCGGGGUGGUUGCAGCAUUCCAGAUUUCCGCAUUCACGCAACAACAAAAUUUAGCAGCCGUUUCACUUCUUCUGGUGCUCUUUGGGUUUGCCACCUUCCCGUGGAUGUAUCUCUUGUCAGGUGUUUUCAAGGAUGCAGAGACGGCCUUCAUCACCUAUGUGUGCAUUAACCUUUUGAUAAGUAUCAAUACCAUCAUGUCCACCUCUAUUAUCUUCUUUCUGGGUGAAAGUACAACAAACACUGCACAGAGAGAGAGCAUCCAGAAUACCUUCAGGAUAUUGAGCGACGCCUUCCUCAUCUUCCCCCAAUUCAGCUUUGGAAAUGGACUGAUGAAGCUGGCCAGAAUGAACGUUGAGGUCCAGGUCCUUAGUGGCUAUGGCAUUGAUGCCUACAAGAACCCAUUUUCUACAGAAGUUCUUGGCUGGAUGUUCAUCUCCUCCAUCAUCCAAGGCGUUGUCUUCUUUGCGCUGCGCCUCUUACUCAACACGUUCCUCUUGCGCAAAGUCAGGCAUCUGAUUUUGGGCAGAAAAAAGGUGUCCCAGGUGGUUGAGGACGAGGAUGAUGAUGUAGCAGCUGAGCGCUUAAGGGUGUCCACUGGAGCGGCAGGUGCAGACAUUGUACAAGUCAACCAGCUCACAAAGAUCUAUCAGCAUCUCAACAAGAAGAUCUAUGCAGUCAAGAGGCUUUCUGUGGGAAUUCCUGCAGGAGAGUGCUUCGGUCUGCUGGGAGUGAACGGAGCAGGAAAAACAACCACUUUCAAGAUGCUUACGGGAGAUGUUAGCCCCACUGGUGGUACUGCGCAAAUCAGGGACUGGGAUGGGCGGCUGGUAGACAUUAUGGAGUGCCGGCACAGGGGAAUUAACAUUGGCUACUGUCCACAGGUGGAUGCGCUGGAUAAUCUGCUCACUGGAGAAGAGCAUUUGUAUUUUUACUCUCGUAUUCAAGGCAUCACAAAGAGGGAGACAGACAGGGUGGUGAAAUACCUUCUAAAAAGGUUGGAGCUGAACUACCAUCGAAACAUAACCACCGAAGGCUAUAGUUGUGGCACGCGCAGGAAGCUUUCUACAGCUAUUGCUCUCAUUGGACAUCCACAGAUCCUGCUCCUGGAUGAGCCGAGCUCUGGCAUGGACCCUCGAACCAAACGCCACCUGUGGAAAAUCAUCUCUGAAGAAGUGAAAGGAAAGUCUGCGGUGGUUCUCACUUCUCACAGCAUGGAGGAGUGUGAGGCACUGUGUAGCCGCCUCGCCAUCAUGGUGAAAGGUCAGUUCCGCUGCCUGGGCUCCUUGCAGCACAUUAAGAACAGGUUCGGCAGUGGGUUCACUGUGAAGAUGCACUUGGCAGAGUCUGCCAGUGAUGUAGAGGCAAUUGCAGUUUUCAUGCAGAAACGAUUCCCCGGCACUUAUUUGAAGGACCAGCACUCCUCCUUGGCGGAAUAUCAUGUUCCUGUCGCACCAGGAGGGGUGGCUGACAUCUUCCAACAGUUGGAGUGCCACAGGACUUCUCUGAAGAUCAAGCACUUCUCCGUGAGCCAGACCACCUUGGAUGAGGUCUUCAUCAACUUUGCCAUGGGGAAUUUUCACAUGGAAUCCAUCUCAACUCACAGCAAUGGAGAGGAUGAUGACCCGGGCUCCAUAAAGGAAGUAGAGACAUAGAGAUGGCUGCUAUUAUUUCUACAGUGAAAUGAGAAUAUUAUCCCGUUCUACUGCAUCUGUCGUACAUACUGUAUGGGACAAUAGUAUUAGACUGUAAAUCCGCCGUGCCUGACAAUCAUGUUUAACCCUCCUAAGAUUCAAUGUGAAGAGUGAAUAUUAUUUCGAGGUCGAUCAAAUUCUGUUGUUGCUGUUCUGUUGAGAACAUUUACAUACAGUACCUGCGCAGACGCAAUAUUUAUUGACGCAUAUUUACUUCACAUUAUUUUAUCCUACUUGAAAUGUUACCUAAUCUAGUAAUCUUGAUUUGUCUGAAGAAUGCAAUUAAUGACAGCUUUUUAAUUGUUUUGAUUUAAAUUUAUCACUCAAUAGCAAUAUAUAUCCACAAUCACAAAAUAUGAUACUAAUAAAAAAAUAUUGUUAUUGUGGACUUUUAAUUAUUUACUCAUUUCGUGUCAUCUUCGUAUAUGUCUUAGUUCAAGAAUGACUGCUCUAAAACAUUUCUUCUGUGCCUAUGGACCAUUUUGUGAUGGUCUUGAAUGUAUGUGGCUGUAUUUUUCAUUAUUCAAUAAAACACUUUUUCAAAUGUG